AUGCUAGGAGGUCUAGUAAUCAAGACUACCCAAGUCCUGUGCUAUGGCUAUGUUGUCCUUUCUUGUAUCUAUUUCUUCUUUUUGUUUAUUCUCACGCGGUCUCUUAUCUCUGUUAUUUACUUUCAGGAUCAAGAAAAGCACAAGGGGUGUGGUUGUCUUGAUAUUCCACAGGACACCUGCAACCUCUCCUGCUUUAACAGUGGUCUUCAAGAAAUCAAAAAACAUCAACUAGGUGACCCAAACCUUCUUUCCAGAUUCUCUAUUAUGAGAACUGGUUGCAAGGUAAGGAUUUUUGUACUCGAUCUAUCAUGUGCAAAAUCCUGUAAAAAAACAACAUUUGGGAACUGGUAUUCAUUUUUGGAAGAGCUCCGUAGGGCCUUUCAUGAAAUAGCAACAGAAGCGGCACCUACUGCUAUAUCUACAAAUAUCUAUUAACGUGGUUAUUAAUAAGAAAUGUACAG